AGUGUUAGUGCUAUCAAUUUAUUCACCAUGGAGUCCUUUCCGCCUGAACUCUUGGCGAAAAUCUUCAGUUUUUUAAGUGGUAAAGACAUCGCCUCCGUCGCUCAAGUAUGUCAUUCCUUUUAUGAAGCGAGUCUUGUAGAAAACAUCUGGCGAACACGAUGUGCCCAAGAAUUUGCUGUGAAAGUGCAACAAGGCAAUUUUGUCUUCAAGGACGUCUAUACAAAGUUACUCCACAAGUACCGGUUUUACUUGGGCCUCUGGCAGCCACAGGUGUCUUCUUACGGGGGCCUUUUCCAAGUCUUGUUUGACCCUGGACGUGCAGCCAUAGUGGGGCAGGAGUUGCUACCUCCACGGGACCCACUCAUCACUGAGCCACUUCGCAAGAAAUUGCUCUUUACCGUUUCACUUGACCGGGAAAAUGAAGAUGAUGUUGUUUGUGUUGGUGGUUACAAGGGACCCCACCAAGCGGUUAUUUUGGAGAUUUCCAAGGAUGAGUUUGUGUUUAAAUGUUGUGACUCAAGCCACCAUCGUCACCCAAGUGGAAAACACCAAGAACUUCGUGACUGGAUUCAUGAAGAGACUUCAAUGCCUCUGGAUAUGCACCAGUUUCCACACAGCCAGGAGCUGCUGCUCAUGAAAUUUUUGAUAUUGAGGCAGUUAGACUAUGCGUUUCAGUAUAGGCGAGUUAGGUUGCAAGCCCCAUUGACUGGCGUACCCAUUCAGCCUGGCAUUUUCAAGGGCACCUACGGCACACAUGGUCUCGAGUUGAUACAAUUAGAGUACAUUGACAACUGCACAAAGCUCCGGGCCUCCAAACUCUCGGGUGACCCCAAUGUACCAUCUGGCCAGGUGACUUUUGAGGUGGUGCUGCAGUACUCAAUGGUGUUGACAGCACAGCAGCAAGCAUCCAUAUCGGCCUUGGAUGCCAUCGAGGUGCGUGCAAGUGGCACCCCAUACAACACUGUGCCAACCACACCCCAGCCAUUCCGUGUCCCAGUGGACUGUCAUGAACGUUUUCUUGAGAUUCCCAGGACUUGCAUCGCCAGGUACCAUGGCUUGGGCCAGGUGGCUGGACAUGGUUACACAAACCCAUCCUUCUCACGAGGUCACUGGGUUGUCUUCAGCGAGGACCUCUUUGGCUUCCUCUGGCUGGAACUGCUUUCGUUGAGCAUGUACCACAGAGUUAAGGAGGACCUCGCCUAGGAAGUCUCCUCCAACUGAGAUGCUGGAAUGAUCAGUGUUGGUAUUAGGCUGUUGUGUGUGUUCUUGCUAAAGCCGCUAAGGAACUGGAGCCAGAGCUGCCCUACCGAAGGCAUCAUUGUGAAUGCUGUUAAGAGGCCAUGCAGUGCGGGUGUACCGAACAUCUUGGAAUACUGCAAAGCUUGGUGCCACCGAUUUGCUAUGAUUGCUAGGAGUGGUGUCACAGUCUGGCAUUCAGUGGGCAGUUCUUGCCUUGUUACGGAAAGGUGAAGUGUUAAAUGUAGUGCUCAGAAAGCAAUGGCACUGCCUUACUGAUACCCUGUUCAUGUGUGCAAGGCCACAUAUUUCAGGUGGGGUUUCAUUCAACUCUGGUCGUCUGUAGAUUUCACCUGCCUGUCCUAACCGUGGUGGGUAGUGCCAUUCAGACAAUAUGUGGAGAGUACGUUUGUGAGGAUAGCACGUUGUGUGUGUGUGUGUGUGUGCGUGCGUGCGUGUGUGUGUGUUUGGUGUUUGGUGUUGCUAUACAAUGUGCAUUUUUUUACAGAGGCCAUUUUAGAAAGCAUUGGGCCAUUUUUGAUUCCUGGCUUUAGUAAAAAUAAUUCUUACCUUUGCUUGUUUUACAAAUGAUAUGCAUGCAUGCAUGUCACAAAAUUCAAUGUGGUGAAAUUAUGUUACUAGAAGCCUGUGGUAGUUUGUGUAAAGUGUUGUUCAUAGGCUGUCUGCUGUUGCAGACCUAUGUUUGUGAGGAGAAAAGAUCAAAGAAUGUGUACAUACAUAUAAUUAUAUACAAAUAUAUAUAAUUGUAUACAUACACAGACAUAUAUAUAUAUAUAUAUAUAUAUAUAUAUAUAUAUAUAUACAUACAGGGUGUCCUAGCUAACUUGGACCAAGAUUUAAAAAACGACGAAGAGCUCCAGAGAAAUCAUACCCACUGCAUAGUAGCGACAGUCGUGUGCACUUACAGCCAGUAUUUCUUUCAUCACGAAGUAUUCAUUAAUUAAUUGCUUUUAAUUAGUGAACUUUUUAGUUAUUGCUUGACUUGCACACAUGCAAAUUACAAAGUUGUAGGGCACCUCAAAAAACCUCCGAAUCAAGCAUUUAUUUCGUGCUGAAGUGUGCCGGGUUGUUUUUUCUAAGAAAAAACAAAAGCCUGCAAAAUACGCGAGAUAUUGAAACAGAUGCGCGCUCGCGCGCCGCUACUCAACUAUUUCAUAUUUCGCGUAUUUUGCAGGCUUUUGUUUUUUCUUAGAAAAAACAACCCGGCACACUUCAGCACGAAAUAAAUGCUUGAUUCGGAGGUUUUUUGAGGUGCCCUACAACUUUGUAAUUUAAAUGUUUGUGAUUCAAGCAAUAAUUAAAAAGUUCACUAAUUAAAAGCAAUUAAUUAAUAUUUCGUGAUGAAAAAAAUACUGGCUGUAAGUACACACGACUGUCGCUGCUAUGCAGUCGGUACGAUUUCUCUAGAGCUCUUGGUCUUUUUUUAAAUCUCGGUCCAAAUUAGCUGGGACACCCUGUAUAUAUAUAUAUAUAUAUAUAUAUAUAUAUAUAUAUAUAUAUAUAUUGUGGUUGUAAGCAGCCAUAUAGUGUGAUGUUUAUGAUCUCUUGCAACGUCUAGCCAUGUUCUUUCUUUUUAUUGUUUCGUAUUGUGAGAGACUUUAAUGGCUGUGCUUUUAUGCAUAAGCCCCAGUCACACUCGUACAGAACACAGCCGUGCAGUUCCAAGUGAAACGUUACAUUUACCAGCACCUUCAAGCUCGAUAUACCUUUCUAUCUGUAAAAACACUGCAUGUGGCAGCAUAUGCUUAUCAAAAGGCUUUUUGAGUUUAAGCCAAUUCGUAAAUGUUGCCAUCACAAACUGAAAACCAUCAGUUGUGUGUACAUCUGUGUGAUUGGAGCUGUGCAGGCCAAUAUUGGCCGAACCACUCAUGCCUGCACAUAGUGCUGCUACAUUUAUGCUUUUGAAUGUGCAGGGUUAGCUGUAAACAUUUACUAAUGUUGGGGUUCAAGUACAGGUAUUAAAGGGACACUGAAUUGGCCUUAUGUAAAGUGAAGGUAAACUUGUUUAGUUGAUAAAACAUGCAACUGUGGUCACAUAAGUGAAGUAUUUUGCCAUGUGUACAUGCGGCACCAAAUUUGUGGUAUGGGAAGAUUGAGAGGACAUUUAGGAUUUUAAUGUGAUAGCAUUUAGGGCCCCGUGUCGCAGAAAAUCCGGCAUCGGGUUGUCAUAGGCGCCCGCGGCAGAGAAAAUCAUCCCCAAGCACGCAGGCCCUCCAAAUUUAUUUUACCGCUAAAGUUGCUCACACUUUGUCUUUCAUUCUUUACAAUGUUAUUCCUCGGAAUUCUGAGUGACAGCCCACAAUUGUCAUGAAACAAAACACCGGCAGCGCAUGCCUUUUAUGCUAAAUCUUCUCAGGCUGGAAUAUUAAAGGUGCAAACAAUAAAAGAAGGGCGGCCCACAAAAGAGGCCGCGUUUCUACCAGAAAGCGCGCCUUCGUGCAUAGCAUGCACCGCCAGCGUUUCCCGGUAAACAUUACGGUUACAAAAGCUGCGGUUGCCGGGAAGUGUGUGAAUCAGUCAAGGAUCUUUGAAUGCUAUCACGUUCCACUCUUGAAGGCGAAGCUUAAGUGUCCUCCAACUUUUUUCUCUAUCGUGCCUAGUUGUGUCUCCACAGUUGCAUGAACAUGAAUCAUCAAUACCAAAAAAAAAGGAUAAUAAUAAUUAAAAAAUGCACAUACAAAAAUAAAAAUUAAGUGAUGUGAAAGGGCAUUUUGUACCUAUUCAAAUGACCGAAGAUGUGCGGGUAUUUAAGAACGCCUUUUUGUUUGCUGCAGUUCAUGAGGUUCCUGUUUGGUACCAGGUGUUAUUAGCGCUCUUAUGGUCGUGGUUUCCUAUCAGGUGAAAUUGUGAAUUUCUGUGGCCAAAUUGAAGUCCUCGCCAACUAUUACGGGGCCGUCUAAGCUUGUAGCGUUUUGUGUAGAAACUUGGUGAAUGAGUGUACGAGCACAGCUUUCUGAUACCUUUCAUGUUACCGGCAAUGUGAAUUUGUCGCUGUUAUUUGUACAGUUGCAAUCAAGUUUGGGGACCAAAGGUGCCGCGAUUUUAGUUUCUCUUAAAAGCAAAGCUUAAGCGUCCUCCCAAUUUUUAAACCAAUUCCAGGCCACAGAGCUGCACUUGAAUAUAUUUAAAUUUUUUGCUGGUGCCGUGGUCCCCAAAUGUUUGAUGACGACUGUACAUUGUGGUGAGCUUUCCUUGAGUUUUUACAACCUGAAUGCCAUUUUGUAGUGCUGUGAUACUCAAAUUUUUUUUAACGGUUUUUGUUGUGCUAAUGUGGAGUUUUAUUAAGUGCAGCUUGGAGUGUGACAAGCUUUUUCCUUUUACAUAAAUUUGUUUAAGCAAGGAACACAUGACACUGGAUUGUUACUUUUUGGGUUCCUUUAUUUUGUUGUAAGCAUUGAUUUUUAUUUCAUGUUUUGUGUCAGAUAGAGCUCAAGCACUUUUUUUUUUAUUGGGAGUUUUGUCUAAAUAAGGCACACCCAAUUUGCAGUAUGACAUUUUUUAACGAAUAUUAAGUGGUUGUCACGUGACUGGCAUAAUAAAAAUUUACCUGGUA